AUGGGGGCCACAGGCUACGGCUAUUAUCGCGCAGCCAUCUUCUUCUCCAUGUUUAUAGGCUACUCGCUGUACUUCUUCAACAGGAAGACCUUCUCCUUUGUCAUGCCCUCCGUGAUGGAGGAGAUCGAACUGGACAAAGAUGACUUGGGUCUGAUUACCAGCAGCCAGACCAUGGCCUACGCCAUCAGUAAGUUCAUCAGUGGCGUGCUGUCUGACCAGAUCAGUGCCCGCUGGCUCUUCUCCAUCGGCCUCUUCCUGGUGGGUGGCAUCAACGUGGCCUUCUCCUGGUCCUCCACCGUCCCCAUGUUCUCCCUGCUCUGGUUCAUCAACGGCCUGGGACAAGGCUGCGGCUGGCCUCCGUGUGGGAAAGUGCUGCGCAAGUGGUUUGAGCCCUCCCAGUUUGGAACAUGGUGGUCCGUGCUGUCCUGCAGUAUGAAUCUGGCCGGGAGUCUGGGUCCGAUCCUGGUGACGGUGCUCCUGCAGUACUACGACUGGAGGACUAUCCUGGCCAUGUCGGGGAUCGUCUGCGCCUCCUUCUCAUUUGUUUGUGUGGUGUUCAUAAAGAACGAGCCAAAGGACGUGGGCCUGCCCAGCAUGGAGGCAGUGGCCAAGAAGGGGGCUAAGGGAGGCAACAGUGAGAGCACCCUGAGUGAGUUCCUCCUCUCCCCUUUCCUGUGGGUGCUGUCUCUGGGCUACUUGGUGGUGUUCGGGGUGAAGACGGCUGCCACUGACUGGGGACAGCUGUUCCUCAUGCAGGAGAAAGGCCAGACUGUUCUCAUGGGGAGCACCUACAUGAGUGCCUUGGAAGUGGGAGGUUUCGCGGGCAGCCUUGCAGCAGGGUUCCUCUCUGAUCGAGCCGUAGCUCGGAAAGGCCUGGGCACCCAUGGCAACCCUCGCCACGGCCUGCUCCUUUUCAUGAUGGCCGGCAUGUACGUGUCCAUGUACCUCUUCAGAGUCACCAUCACUCCUGAAAUGCCAAAGGAGGCUCCUCUUUGGGUCCAAAUCCUUCAUCCUGUCUCUGUCCUCAUUGGUGUAUCAGAAAAAGAGAUCUGGAUCCUGUUCCUCGGUGCUAUGUUUGGAUUUUCUUCCUAUGGACCAAUCGCCUUGUUCGGGGUGAUAGCCAGUGAAAGUGCUCCUUCUAAUUUUUGUGGAACCUCUCACGCUGUCGUAGCUCUGAUGGCUAAUGUUGGGGCUUUUAUGGCGGGCCUUCCCUUUAGCACCAUCGCCAAGCAACACAGCUGGGACAUGGCCUUCUGGGUCGCCGAGGUGAUAAUGGCUAUCGCCACCGUUGGCUUCUUCCUGGCGCGUAACAUGCGCACCAAAAUGGGACGGAUCGCAGAGAAAACUGACUGAUGUGUCUUCCUGAAGUGAGCCAGCCGCUGACGUCUUGUCACAUGACCAGACGGACAGAGCUCUUGCAAUGUUGACGACUCUUUAUACAGAAUACUGCACAUUAAUACAACGCCAACUAGACCAAACAAACUACUGUUGCACAGACGAAUCUCACAAAAAAAACUUUAGAUUCACAAUCAGGUGCUUUUGUCACACACAGAUGUUUCCUCAUAUUAUACCUAGUGAUGCACCAAUAUCAGAUAUAGGUCUGAUACUGACUCA